GGCGUUGCCGAUUAACCCCUCGCCAAAAUCCAAGCCUUCCAUUCCCACAUCUAUCAGCUCAGCACCUCAGGACAAUGGCGGCCUCGCCCGUGGUCCUCCGAUCUAGGGUUUUAGCCCGCGCCGUCUCCUCCUCGCUCCGCCGCAGCCUCCUCGGUGCCCACCCCCACCCUCCUUCCUCGCCCCUCGCCGCCUCUACCCGCCCGUCCGCCGUCCACAGGUUACCCUCUGUCUGUGGGGGCUUACUCUCCGUGAUGCCGCUGCACAGCGCCAUCGCGUCAGCGCGCCUCCGGUCUGCGAUUUCUCCCGAGUCCCAGAGCUGGGGCGUCGUCCCCCAAGGAAACUCGAUGCCUUUAUGACAGCAGAGUUAAGCGCUACUGGUUACAGCUCUGGAGUCAGCUGAGAAGCUUUUUGAAACGUUUGAUGUUUUUGUCACAAAGUACAGACGAGCUUAUAUGUAGCCAUUAAUGGUUUAACCGGUACAAAACAUGUUCCAUUCUGUUGUAUGGUGGCUACAGUUUCCGGUUCUGUGGGCUCAUGUUACGAUUUAUGUUGCUAAUGCUUGAUUCUGGAAAUGUGAUCUAGAUUGCAUGAUUGUGCUGAGUUCUUGAUCAAAUUCAAGAGAAGCUUUGUUGUGUGCCCUUGGGCGAGUGUAAGCAAAUGGUUAUACUUUUGCCUUCAUUUUCAAAGUUAAUUGACGCUUGGUCACCGCCUGCAAA